UUUGCUCCUCUCUCGCAGUGGCGUGAGCCAUAUAUGCAAAGAAGAAGAAGAAGAAAUUAAUUAUGAAACUGUGAGAGAAUAAACAUAUUCGUGGAAAAAGAAAGAAUAGAAUGCUUGCUAUAUGAAUAAAUGCAUAAAAAUCUGUCAAAACGUCAAUUCAAAUUCAUGUUGGAAAGAUAAUACAGAGUGAUAUUAUCGAUCAAAUAUCAAGCAGAAUAUACGUGUAGUAUCCAAGUUUUAGUUCAGGUUAUAAACAAACUGUUGCAGGUUUGACUAAAUGCGCAUUUUAAAUAUUUUAAUGAAAUAACAAUAAUCUAGAUUGUUCCUAAUAUAUAAUUCAGAGAUAUGGAUAUUUCAAGCAGAAAAGAAGUGAAGCAACAAAGUCAAGAUUUCACUUCUGCUGAUCGUUUGGGAUCUGAUCAAUUCGAUUUGGUUUACGGUAGAAAAUUGAAAUCUCCGGUACUUGGUCAUCAUUAUCAACUUCCUGAUUUACCGACAAAUUAUUUGCCACCCACAAUUCUGGAUACGUCUCUAUUGCACAUUCCCGUUUACGCGCAUUUGAAAGUUUACGAUUUAGAGCCCGUGCGUCUGCCAGAGAUGCCGUCAAUUUUGUCCUCGUUAUGCAACGACGUUAUGCAAUCUUCAGAAAAUACCGUACGCAGCAAAUCCUCGAAAGUGUCGACUGCACGAAUGAGCGAAGAAGAUAAAAUAUCCGCCUCGCACAGUGUUCACGGUGGUGCAAAAUCUGCGCAUAAAAAAUGACACAAUCUUAAAAAAAUACAUGUAUACAAACAAACUCUUAAACUUCCUUUAUAUUUUUGCACUCACCUUUAACGGCAUCGC